UGUGGGCUCUGAAAUUGUUAUAAAAUGGCAGCUCGAAAAUACAACGGUCACUUUGAGCAGGAGAGGAUAACGAGGCAUUGAUUUAAGUGCAUUAGUCCGCGUGCAGAAGAUCCUUCCUGAUGCCUGUGUGAAAUGGAAAAGAUUGGUAGCGCUUACGCUGCGUUUUAUCCGGUAAAAACACUCAGCGGUUACCAGGUUGUGCAAAACCCAGCAACGAAGGAACUUGCUGCGUUUCGUUUGGAAGUUAGAGUUAUAUUUGAAAUCUGGAAGUUUACUUUUAUUUUAAAUCUGGAAGUUGUAGGCUUUGCAGAAUGUAAGUCGUAAAGAAACCUUCAAUAGAAAUGGUUAAUGAGUAAACAAAACCCCCAUGCUGACAUUAAGUCAAGCAAAUGCAGUCCAAUUGAAAGCUUCAAACGAGUUUUCUUCAGUCCGAUUAAAAAUACAUACACUGCAGAUUUCGUUUACCUUGAUGGCCGGCUGAUGCUAAUAUUAGAAACUGGCGUCUAAUAUCUGUGUUGAGAGUACACUGACUAGGGACAGUCUGCCCAAAGAAUCCGGGAAUUCAAUUACCCAAGGAAAAUUAAAAUAUAGCAUUUAUAAUGAAAAUACAAUUUCCUCACAUUUUCAAACAAAUGCCACAACCUCUGAAGAACAUAAACGCAGUAAAGUAAUGGCUUAAAUUGCUGGGAUAUUGCUCUUAAUUGGGGCCAAUUUUUCUCAUGGACGAUAGCUUCCAGCAUUUUUGAUAAAUUCUAUUUUUUCGUUCUCGCAGGUGCAAUAUGAAUCAAUUAUCUUAAUUAAGAUAAUGCCGCAUACCCAAGAGAUUUAAAUCGGAUGGAUUUUGCACCGUGGACAACUGAAUUGGAUCUUUAAUAUUAUUCCUGUCCAUUUCAAGUAAAACAGGCGAUGACCCGUAGUGACUGGAAAGUUGUUAUGAAAUCUCCAUGCGUUUCCUUUUAUUUUUACUAGAAUACAAACAAAUACUGUAUUAGGAGGAAGAUCAGUUUUGGGGCCAGGAGCUGCGUUUCAUUGCAAAACAAAAACACAAACACAAUUGUUGGCACAUUCACGAACUCCAGUCCGAUGGCAAACCGACACAAAACUGCGAGACAAUAGCGUAAACAUGUACGAAAUUCACUUUUGCAAAAAUGUUCACUGUGGAAAAAAAGAGCGAGCAUCACGUUACACAAACACAUUGAAACAUUUAUGUUAUUUGAUCGCUUAAUCAGCAGCAAAUAUUCAAAAACAAAAACCCAAAUAAGUUUCGGAUUCUUAGCCCAAAUAACAUAGUCAGCCCGGUUCUUUAAAAUAAUGUAUUGUCAAUUUGAAAGCAAAACCGAACCGCUUUUUCUUUGAAUGACGGUUGCAUUGUACAGUUGGUACUUAGAAUAAUAAUGGGUAGAAAAUCAAUUGUAUUUUGUCCCAAUCGCUUAGUGUGCCUUUUCACAUUUUUUCCCCUCUAACGGUCAGUUUGGCGACCUUUGCAUUAUUAUUUAAAAUCUCGACAGAAGUGAGCAUAUUUGGACGUUAGAUCUGUUUGACCAGCCGUGAAAAGGCUUUUGUUUGCGUGCGUGCGACUCGCGUGCCGGCAAAAAACCGCCUCAAUUAGGGCGAAAGCCAGAAACUUUAUUCCAAAAAUAUCUCCCCACUCCCCUCCACUACCCUCACACACAUCUCCCCUUCGCCCCCGAACCCGGUCUCUUGAUUUAUCUUUUGCAAAGCCAACUAAUGCAAUCCUCCAUCGAAAAUAAAAACUUUUGGACACUGUUCGCGUGGUAAAUAAUCAAAUCUACACUUUCUGUCAUGGUCAGGGACCUAUGUGGCAAACUGUGCGCGCCAACAGAUUUGUGAUUCUCUGGGUUAAUGCGGACAACAGCGACGAGCAAGGACCGUUGACACCAGGAUCUCGACGAUGACAAAAUCGUACACAGAAAACAUGAUGCCAGAAACGCAAAGCAAUCCCAGUUGGACGGAUGACUGUCUCAGUUCCCAGGACGAGCAUGAAGCCGACAAAAAAGACGACGAAAACGAGUCCAUGAGUCUCACAUUCAAGGUAGAAACGGGAGAACUUGAUAAACUGGGAGAGGAUGAUGAUGAUGAGGAGGAGGAUGAUGAAGAUGAUGAUGAUGAGGAGGAGGAGGAUGAAGUGGACGAGAAUGAAGAUCAAAAACCGAAAAGGCGGGGCCCCAAGAAAAAGAAAAUGACAAAAGCCAGACUGGAGAGGUUUAAAAUGAGGAGAAUGAAAGCUAAUGCCAGAGAGAGAAACCGCAUGCAUGGCCUGAAUGCAGCAUUGGAUAGCCUGCGGAAAGUCGUGCCCUGUUAUUCGAAAACCCAAAAACUAUCCAAGAUCGAGACUCUGAGACUAGCUAAGAACUAUAUCUGGGCUUUAUCGGAGAUUCUGCGUUCUGGAAAAAGCCCAGAUCUCGUGUCGUUUGUGCAGACGCUCUGUAAAGGUUUAUCCCAACCCACCACUAAUCUCGUAGCUGGCUGCCUUCAGUUAAACCCGCGAACUUUCCUUCCAGAGCAGAACCAGGACAUGCCACAUAUGCAAACGGCCAGUUCUUCCUUCUCCGUUCAUCCAUACACAUACCAGUCUCCUGGUCUUCCAAGUCCGCCCUACGGUACAAUGGACAGUUCCCACAUAUUUCACAUUAAACCGCACAGUUAUGCUGGAGCCCUGGAACCUUUUUUUGAAAGCACUCUCACUGAAUGCACUAGUCCGUCCUUUGACGGACCAUUAAGCCCACCUUUAAGCAUCAAUGGGAAUUUCUCUUUCAAGCAAGAGCCUUCUCAAGAGUUUGAGAAGAACUAUACGUUCACCAUGCACUACCCUGCAGCCACGCUGGCCGGACCCCAAGGACACAGCUCCAUGUUUUCUUCCGCUGCUCCUCGGUGUGAAAUCCCCAUAGACAACAUUAUGCCAUACGACGCCCACUCGCAUCACGAGCGAGUUAUGAGUGCCCAGCUUAAUGCCAUUUUCCAUGAUUAACAUGGAAAUCAGCAACAAUGUAUUGUAAACGAAUCGAAUUAAAUGUACUUCGUGAAUAGCUUGUUUACACACAGCAGCACACCGGUAUUACUUGCUGCGGAGUGCAAAUGUUUCACGCUUAAAUUAGUACUUGUAUUUAUUAUUGUUACUGCCUUUAAGAGAAAUGGGAACGAAAACACUUCCCGUUAUCUUAUGUACAAUAUUCUACUAGCGCUUCUUUCUGUGGGCUACAUGAAAGUCGAUGUAGCACCUAUUCACAUAAUGGUAAUUACUGAUCCACAUGACAAAAUCACAAGCAAUAAUUAGGAAUCUAUGCAAUUUUUAAACUAAUAAUGGGCCAAUUUAAAAAUAUAUUUUUCAACCAACAUUUUACUACUGUUACCUUUCCCAUGCUGAAUUAUUUUGUUGUGAUUUUGUACAGAAUUUUUAAUGAAUUUUUAUAAGGUCGAUUUCCUAUUUUAACCAUGCAGCUCCAUCACUGUUUUUUAUAUCAAGAGUAGGAUUAUCUAUAAUUUAUACAAAAGUAAUUUAAUUUUUAACCAGCAGAAAAGUGCUUAGAAUAAUAUUCUGUUGCCUUAGGACUUCCUACCUAUAAAAUCACGCAAAGUUGCACAAUCCUGACAAAUUAUUUUCCCGCUUUAGACGUUUUCCUGGUAUUGAAAUUUUACCUACCAGACUAACAGGAUGCAAAUCGAAAAUAAAUUUAAAAAAAAACCUAACUUUGGUAGAUCAUAUCAAAAUAAUAUAAUAGUUGCACAAAUGUGUAUAUAAUGUUAUCAAUUACCAAUUUUCUGUUUCUUAUAACGGUUGCUUGACUAUCACAAAUCAUUUGCACUGUAUCUAUUUCCUUUAAACUAUUUCCAUCAAACAUUAUUAGAACAGCGAAGUUAACUCGACUCUAAGACCAGCGGAGGAAUUAUUUAUUCCGUUUAUCAACUAAUUGACUUCCCAUAUUACACGUAGAUAUACACACGCGCACACAUACACAGCGUCUUAUCAUUAUCUGAGAGUUAAAAGCUACAGCUAUAAUCAGGCUUAUUAAUGUUGGGCUAUAUAUUAGUUAAUUAGUGCAGUAGCUUAAAAAUCUCACAUUUAUUCCGUGAUUAGAACAAUAGAUAUUGCAUGUACAAUGCAGUCCAGAUGAAGUGCUGUUUAAAGUGUAAUGCUGGUUCAACUGAAAUAAAUUGGUACUGUAAUUUUGUUUGUAAUCCUGUAUUUUAUGAUGUAAUGCCACAACGCAUUGGGAAUUGAAUCACACUCAUGCAGUCUUUUAUUGAAAUAGUAAUCUCAUCUUUGUCAAAUGUUGCAUUUUCAUUAAAUGUGAUUUUUCUUAGUGUAUGUAAUUCCUAUGGGAUUAUUGUUUUAUUUUGAUAGCUCAUGAAAGGUGCAAAAUUUAUUAUUUGUAGAAUAAAAACUGAUUACAACAAAUAUAU